CAUAAACGAGCAUUCACAGCGAUAUCGAAAUAUUGCGUCUAUAGUGUUGGGUAACACUUUUAAGUGUGAGCGCCAGCUGGAAGGUAUCAGCUGAUGGAAACGCCAAGUUGGAGAAGAAUAACAAAACGAUUUAGUUUGUUGCCGCCAAAGGAAACUGGUAUAUUCGAAAUGCCCAUUUCGGACAGCCAGAAGAAAGGGCUGCGGGAGUUACUUCUAAAUGAUAAGAACUUAGCCGUCCUGCUACAUCUGGCAAAAGGUGCAACCAAAAAUGUUUGCAAGACCGAAGACCCGGAGGAGGCCCUUCGUCUGAUUACUGCACACAUUCCUGACAUCUACGUACUGCUUUCCAAGCGCGCCAUAACGAAGGAACUCCUGUUUACGUAUUUGAGCAGUCGACGCGCGGACGCAGCCACAGACUUCAGCAAGGCUGACCUCAUAGCUAAGGUUAUACAGUAUUGGAAGCAGGAACAUCAACCAAGCAUAGAGCUUUCCGCAGACCAGAAUUCCAGCUUGCUUCACAAUCAGAGCGAAGAGAAUUACCCCAUUCACACGAUUGCACGGAAGUUCGGCGAGUGGUUCUUCGAGCGCCUCAACGCAGACACCUUCAGUCUCGUGGAUUUGUGGGCCGAUGCGUCGCUACAUCUCACAAUCAUAGCCAGUGAUGGAAUCAAUGAGUGGGAGUGCGAAACGGCUUCCGAGGUGCUAUCGACACUAACGAGCGCAAAGCAGCAGUUCGACUUUUACUUUAAUCCGAACCUGACGCACGCCGGUAUUCAGGGUCGAAUGGAUUCCUACGGACAGUUCGUAGUAAUCUGCUGCGGCACUCUGCACUCCCGUGAUAGCUGCGUCGGAAUCUUUGAAUGUGCCUUCGGACUGCUGCGGGACCCGUUUGCCGACAACAACUGGAAACCCAAAAAAGUCAAGUGCUUUCUUAAAAGUGAGGUUCAGCCCCCAGAGGUGCACUAUCUGAGCUAUCUGAAAAAUGUUGACAGCCCAAACUGUAAGAUUGAAGAAAACAAAUGCAUUAAAAAUGUGUUGGUUAAAAACAAUGAGCUGAAUCUGGCAGUUAGUCGCUCAGAUUAAAGCUUAUAUGCCUGAUACUUUCUUCGACCAACCGAAGAACCCUAUUCUUGCAGCGAUAAUCUCUUCUAGUCUACCAACUAAACAUUUUUUGUUUGCCAUUAAACAAAUUAAUAUUUUGUAUUAAGAUUAAAACUUUUAGAACAUCAAAUUUACGAAAGAAACUAUACAUAUUAAAAAAUAA